CCAUACACUCACACGCCUAAAAUACUCACAUAUUUUGUAUAUGGUAUUUGUUUUUGUUAAUGCAUAUCCAUUCCAAUUUAAAUCCAUUUGAUGUUAACUCAUCUCCCUCCUUCAUCAUAUAAAUAGAUACAAACCUUAUCAAAAAAAAUUGCAAACAUCUUCCAUCAACAAAAGAAAAGAAAACACACCCUUGUUGUGAGUACAAGUAUACCAUGAAAUUUAUCAUCAUAUUUGUUUUGAUAUUCCAUACUCUUUCCAUGAGUCUUGCACAUGGGAAGAAGGUUAAUAUUGAUCACAAGGAAAUAAUUGUAAAGAGUGGUUGUGAUUUGUUUAAAGGAAGAUGGGUUUAUGAUGAAUCAUACCCUUUAUAUGAAACUUCACAGUGUCCUUUUAUUGAGAAAGAAUUUGAUUGUCAGAGUAAUGGUAGACCAGAUCAAUUCUAUCUCAAGUAUAGAUGGCAGCCCACAGGAUGCAACUUGCCUAGAUUCAAUGGUGAAGAUUUCUUAAGAAGAUAUAGAGGGAAGAGUCUAUUGUUUGUGGGAGACUCCUUGAGUUUGAAUCAAUGGCAAUCACUCACUUGCAUGCUUCACAUAGGUGUUCCACAAGCUCACUAUACCUUAGUGAGAAUUGGUGAUCUCUCCAUUUUCACCUUCUCGAGCUACAAUGUUAAAGUGAUGUUCUCUCGCAAUGCAUUUUUGGUGGACAUUGUUGGUGAAAAUAUUGGUAGAGUUUUGAAACUAGAUUCUAUUCAAGCUGCCCAAACAUGGAAAGGAAUUGAUGUCUUGAUUUUUGACUCUUGGCAUUGGUGGCUUCACACCGGAAGAAAACAACCAUGGGAUUUUAUUCAAGAAGGGAAUAAUAGAUUUAGAGAUAUGGAUCGUUUGGUUGCAUAUGAGAAAGGACUGAAAACAUGGGCCAAUUGGAUUGAUACAAAUAUUGACGUUAAUAAAACAAGAGUGUUCUUUCAAGGAGUCUCUCCGGAUCAUGUUAACUCAGAGCAAUGGGGAACACCAACAGAAAGUGCAAAAUUUUGUGAAGGACAAGAGAAACCAUUAUUAGGAACCAUGUAUCCAGGAGGCCCCCACCCAGCAGAGUUGGCUUUACAGAGAGUUCUAAGUACCAUGAAAAAGCCUAUAAAUUUGCUUGACAUUACAACUUUGUCACAGCUUAGAAAAGAUGGCCACCCUUCAGUUUAUGGACAUGGAGGACAUAGGGACAUGGAUUGCAGCCAUUGGUGCCUGGCUGGUGUUCCUGAUACUUGGAAUCAACUUUUAUAUGCAGCUUUAAUUCAAAAUUGAUUAAUGUAUAUUUUGAAUCAAUAUUUGUAAAGAUUAUUGAAUAAGUUAUCUCAUUGCAAAGAGUGGAAUUUUAAGUUGGAAUUAGAAAAGUUGGCAGAGCAUUGAAGAUUCUACCAGAAUUUUUUGUUUUUGGUUAAAUAUGUUUUUGUCUAUGUAAAUUAGUAAAUUUUAUAUUUGAUCUCUAUAAAAA